ACGCCCUUGCUCUUCACCUGCAAACAGUGCAACUACUAUUGAGAGCCACACACAACUGUAGCUUCGCCAUGGGAGCAAGCUGGCUGCUCCUCCAUGGCGCGGCGCUGAUGAUACUGAUGGCGGCGGCGGCCGCCGGUGAGACGACGGCGACGGCGUCGGUCGUCGUCGGCGCGGCCAAGUGCGCCGGCUGCGGCAGGAAGAACAUGGACGCCGAGACCGCUUUCAAGGGACUUAAGGUGGCGAUCAAGUGCAAGAACGGCAGCAGCGAGGAGUACGAGAGCAAGGCCGUCGGCGAGCUCGACGGCGCGGGCGCGUUCGCCGUGCCGCUCGCCGCCGACCUCCGCGGCGCCGACUGCGUCGCGCAGCUGCACAGCGCGGCGACCGACGCGCCGUGCCCCGGCCAGGAGCCAUCCAAGAUCGAGCCGCUGUCGUCGGAGGGCGAGACGGGCACCUUCGUCGCCGUCGCCGGCAAGACGCACCUCCCGUCGUCGACGUCGUCCUCGCCGGAGUGCUCGUCGGUGGCCAUCUGCUUCCCCUGCCACAGGCGCCAUCGCAUGUUCCACAGGAAGCCCAUGCCGGAGUACCAGCCGCCUCCCUCGCCGGUGUACGGCACGCCGGCGCCGGGAUGCUCAUGCUCCCCUCCCAGCACGCCGCCGGGAUACGGCCAGCCGGCGCCGGAAUGCCCCCCUGCCGACCCGGGUUACGGCCAGCCAGCGCCGGAGUGCCCUCCUCCUCCCACGCCGGCACCGGAAUGCGGCCAGCCGGCGCCGGAAUAUCCUCCUUCCACGCCGGCAUACGGAACGCCGGCGCCGGAGUGCCCACCAUCCACGCCGGAAUACGGAACGCCGGCGACGGCAUGCCCACCUCCCACGGCGCCGGGAUACGGAUCGCCGUCGCCUUUCUGGCCCCCUGUCUCGCCGGCGUACGGCACGCCAUCGCCGACUCCGAUCUACCGUCCCCCGGGGAGCCACUGAUCGAUCGAUCGAGUUCACUGCUCGAUCUCCAUUUCCACCAAAUAAGUUGAUGAUGUAGCUACUGUAUCUCGCAACUACUGGCGUGCAUUUCAUUUAUCGGAGAAAUUAAUGGAUGCAAAGCCACGCGUGCGUGUUCAUGGCUUCUUGCGUGUUUACGGCAUUUGGGAAUGUGCUUUGCAUGCGCUGAAUUGAUGUUGAUUUUAACAAUGCAGUACGUGAUAAUAAUUAACAUUCAAGUAUGCAAGUCUAA